GUCACAGAUUUUGGUGAAUUUCAGUGAUUUAGGAUUGUUUUUGAAGGAAACAAAACCGUCGAGUCAUCAGAGUCUUUAAACGAGUUUAUGCGUUUGAAGUAAGUGACUUGUGUUGUUAUUUCUUGGUCAGGUCGGCGCCGCGCCCAAAGAAGACGCCGCCGAGGGACGCCAGUGUCUGACGUGUGGUCUGGGCUCACGCCAAGGCAUGGGCCAAGGUCAGGGCCAAGGCAUGGGCCAAGGGCAAGGCCAAGGUCAAGGCCAAGGUCAAGGGCAAGGCCAAGGCAUGGGUCAGGGCAUGGGUGGAGGCCUCAGCACCGCCAUCUUCCUUGUUCCGAUCCUUACAGUGGAAAUCACCAUCAUGGUUAUCGUCGCCAUCAUCCUGGUUUACAUCAAGAAAGUCACGAAGUACUACGACUUCGACACUGGCACUGGGGACGUGUACCACUACGCCGCAGCCCCAGUCUACGCCCCGCCGGUACACUCCACCUACAGCGAUGGAUAUCACAAGGACGGCUACCACAGGAGGUCUGCGAACGAGGCCAGGAACUUGGAGUCUCCUUCCAACUUCCAGUUUCUCUCUAAAAUGGUCACAGACGCCAUUGAAAAGUUCACGGUAGUAGAUAAGGCGGAGGAAUAACGUAGAGAAACUAAAGGCUCUGGAUCUUCGCUGGACGCAGUAUGGGUCAGGCCUGACUAAUUUCUGAAUUCUUCAAAAGGAGCAAAAAAACAACGAAGAGGUAAGAAUGCAAAAAGUUUCAAGUUUGUUUCAACAUGUCACAAUCAUGUUACAACGACUCGACGGAAUGAAGCCUAAAGACAAAGAGAAGAGAGAAAGAACGGACACCCCGACACUUAUAUUUGACAACACAUUAUUUAACGCAAUGAAAGACUGUGACACACUGACUCCUACCAACGUCGAGGUGAAUGAGACUGGGGCAAGCUUUAGUGAUAUUAGUAAAGAAAAGAUUACUUGUAUAUGAAUUGUAAAGAAACGACUUCGAGACAAACUCAACGACUGACUGAACGUUACUCAGGCACACACUCAAUCAUCAAUAGACGACUGACUUCCCUCCAUGACUACCGCUGUUACAUGAACGAUCCUUCUGCAGCCAACGACUCGCCCUCCUCUGCAAACUGAAUGAGAGACAACCGAGUCCCGGCAACACCUCUAUAGAUCUAGACAUACCUGACCGUGACCACCCAACGCCUCUUAUCCCUCAAGCCCCGACCAAGUUCACGAUGAUCUAAGGCCCGGACACUGAUGCCCCCGAGAGGAGAGUUUGGGAAUCUACACCAUUAACCUCCCCUUCGAGUCCCUUCUAGUCUUUCUUUCCUCACACCAAAAGGAAGUGAAACCUCUGAAAUACACGGAUAUGAAUUCUCUUCCUAAGAACCUUCAACAUUCUCUUCGAUGCACAAACCGUCGAGAAAGCGUAGCAGGUCUUCUUUGUCUUCCUCGUAAACUUACUUUGCCAUGUAACCUUGCACUUGAGACGCCGAAAUAUCCUUCUUCGCUCACUUCCCUUUCCUGUGUGCACACUGACGAUUCCUUGCAGGGAGACAAUGACUGAGUUUUCUUACUACUCGUAUUUCUAAGAAGUGUCUCAUGUGGACUAAGCCCAUUGACUGCGGAUUUCCUACAAGAAGACAUCACCAAGCUACAUGAAUGGAUCAAAAAGUGGCUGCUACAGCUCAAUGAAGAAAAAAUGUGAAGUCCUGCACCUUGGGAGGGGAUAUCCAGCAUACCAUUACCACGUGGGAAACACUCCAUUAUCCACCGCAGAGGAAGAGAAAGACCUGGGAGUAUAUGCUAUCAGGCUACCAGUGAAAGCCAAAUUUGUUCCAAUCGCAGCGGACCAAAGGAGUUCAGGGACUAACCUUCUUAUCUGGACUGCCACAAAACACUUAAUGACCGGACCAGACAUUUACACGCCUCUUCAUGCAUCAUUUCUACAAUUAAUCAUUAUUUUUCUUCCCCUUAGUUUUGUGUUUUAUGUCUGUGGUCCCUUACAGAGCUAUUGUUUCAUUUUAGAAAAUGCUGAAUGUCGAAAAUUUCUCACUGUCUUUCCUUCGUUCAGAGGAAUGAAAGCUAUAGGGCAGUGGUUCCCAACCAGGGGUCCAUGAAAGAAUUUCAAGGGAUCCAAAGAGAUUCAAAUUAUUUUUAAAUUUAUUAUACUGGAAUUAGGAGACAUGCAGCCGGUAGGCUCUCUUGAGGGGCCUGGAUGGUAUUCGGCUCCAGCCCGUCAUGGCGCAGGCAAGUGUUUAUAGUGGCGCCAUCUUCUCUUGGCUCAUGCUGCACCCCAGAACUCCUUCUUGAUUCACGUGGACGGUUUCCUCUAGAGUCCGGAUUGAUGGUUGGUCUUCAGGACAGCAUGUGGGUAGUUUUAAGCCACUCGGCGGUGACUGAAAAAUCCGAGGUGGCAGCGUGGGGAUUCGAACCCGCGUCGUCCAUCACGCGGUGAAUGUGGGCCCAGCGCGCUACCACUCAGCCACCGCC